ACAAUAAGAUAUUAUAUAAAUUCCAAAUUGGCCUUUGGUCAUACUCAGUUGUUCGUUGGCACUUCAGAAUGAAGGUCAUUCACGGUAUAUUAUUACUUAUGGUACCAGUGGUGUUGGGGGAGUACCAGUCACCACAUUCAUGGAAAGCGUCAAUUGUGCCAUCCAUUCAAACCAGUUUACAGCUGAAGAAAGAAAAGCUCAUUGCAGCCCUCAAACAAGCGCAACACAUUUUCGGGCCGGUACCACACACGGUGUACGGACCCCCACCAGCAACUAAGAACAUUGAAACAUUGGACGUUCAAACUUCAACACGGUAUAAUCCGACAAAGUAUAGACAAACACAAGUUCCUGCCACCUCUUAUGGAGUACCAGUUGGUAACAAUUUCAGGGGCGUCCCAUCGAACAACAAUGGGCCACAGUUUGUUUAUGGUACUCCAGAUAAGGUUAAUUCUGAAAGUAUUCAACCGGAUACUAGCUAUGGUGCUCCAAAUUUAAGUAAACAGAAUCUGCCGGUGUUUGAGGCUGAAAACUUCAACAAGAACUCCAUCGACACGACCAACGGAGAUAACCUAAAUACUAACAGAGUCAACGUUAAUGUUAACAUUCCCAAUAAUAUUAAUCCAACGAUUACUUUCAAUGGUCAAAUUCCAAACAGACCAAACACAGAAAAUCCCUCUUUUAAUUUUAAUCCAAGCACUUCAAGGCCACAAAACUCCAACCCUAACUGUAACUUUAAUGGACCCUGCACACAAACGCCACAAACCACUAAUUGUAACUUCAAUCCAUGCGCACAGAAUCCGACAGUUACUUUCAAUAGUGCCUCAACACCAAGACCCCAAAAUCCAUCAUUCAACUUCAAUGGUCAAGUUACACCAAGACCUCAAAGUCCCCCAGUUUUCAAUAGUGCAAACACGCCCAAUUUCGGGAAUCCCCAAAACGGAUUCGAUGACUACGACGUUCCCGUAGUAACCGGCACUCCUGGUGAAGAAGAAUCAAACACCGACGGUAAUGUGUCUCAGGAAACAACCACACAGCAGUACACCACAGACAAUAAUGAUCAAGAUAAUCAAGUUAAUCCUAGCAUAAGACCAAACACUGAUUUUGGUGAUCAAACCAAUGUCGGUGGUUUUAAUUCAAAUGAUGGUCAAAAUGUUAACAAUGUUAAUGAUAAUAAUAAUGGAUUUUAUAUUCCGCCUUCCACUCCUUCAACUACUGUCAGACCAGUACUCAGAAGAAGGAAGAAGCCUACAAGGAAACCAACUACUACCACCACAACUGAGGCACCCGCAGAAGAAGGCGAUGAAGAAGGAGCUGAAAGUGAUGACGACGAGCAGAACCUGAACAGGCCAAAUAUUGCCAUCGCGAACGCCUUUGCCGGACUCUACGUGCCCACAUCGACCGGCGGAUUCCGCCGAGUGGCGGCUAAGAAACCCAAAAACAAUAACCCAACUGCUGCGGACGGCACAUCGCUAAAUCCUGCUGUGGCGUCUCUUCCCCAAGCUGGCUCGAUACCGGUCGCAAGUUCGGUGCCCGUGGCGUCAACCGUUCCAAUUGCGGCUUCAGUUCCUGUGGCUCUGCCAUAUGCCGCUUCCGUACCGGUUGCGACGUCCGUGCACGGGUCAGUACCAAUAGCGCAGAUUCCUUACGCAGCUUCGUUGCCAUACCAAACGGUGCAGUAUGGUGCACCUGUUACCGGAGUGCAGUAUAGUGCACCUGUUACCGGGGUGCAAUACGGUCUUCCGAUCGCAAACGCCUUGAGUCACGGCGGUGCAGUCCAGUAUGCGGCGUCGGUACCGGUUGCGACGCAAGACGCCGAUUGUAAUGAGCAGUACGCUACCGCGUAUCAGUUGCAGCAGACUCAUCAGCAGGGGUAUCAAUUGCAGCAGACUCAUCAGCCGGGGUAUCAGUUACAGCAGACUCAUCAGUCGGGGUAUAGUUUGAAUGGACAGCAAGCGGAGCUGUGGAAGUAAACGUGGUCUAGAUUCCUAUUUAUAAUUAAAUGAGAAAAGAUAUUUUUUGUAUUGUUGAUAUAAAAUGUGAUUAAAAAUU